UAUUUGAAGAGAGUCAUUUGGAAUCUUGACAUCGCAUCUGUACUGGGGAGAAUAAGACAAGAAAUUAAAAAAAAAUGAAAUCAAUUAUUUUGAUGCUGCUGAUUAUUGUGAGUCCCCUAAAAUUUAAACACAGGCAGUUUAAGAUUGCUAGUGCCACUGAAAUCAGCAUAAAUGAAUUGUCUUCGAAAAUCACUCGAUUGGAGAAUCAAAUUGAACAGCUGGACAAGACAAUACAAAGGCGUCUCCAAACGUUGAAUGAAAACCCCUCUGAUCGUGGUAAUAUUGUGAUACAACGGCGCAAGGAUGGUUCGGUGAAUUUCUUUCGUCCUUGGUCGGACUAUAAAGAGGGCUUUGGCGAUAGAUCAGGAGAGUUCUUCAUUGGCCUGGAUCGGUUACAUAAUCUCACAAACUCUCGCCCCUAUGAACUGCUAAUCGUUAUGGAAGACUGGGAGGGUGAUCGACGCUAUGCCAAAUACGAUGCCUUCAUUGUGGGCAGUGAAAAGGAGAAGUAUGUCCUCAAAAGUUUAGGUGGCUACAGUGGUUCCGCCGGUGAUGCAUUGUCAAUACAUUUAGGUCAAAAGUUUUCUACCUAUGAUCAGGACAAUGAUUCGUAUGAGAAGGCUUGUGCCAAUGAAUACACCGGUGCCUGGUGGUAUAAUGCAUGUCAUCAUAGUAACUUAAAUGGAAGAUAUUUGAGGGCCACCACUAAGGAGUAUGCCCAAGGUAUUAACUGGUAUGAGUUUAGAGGCCACAAUUAUUCUUUGAAAUUUGUUGAAAUGAUAAUAAGACCCCGUUAAAUGAAAUAAAGUUAAGAAAAAAACAAUUUUUUACUUAAUACACA